AUGCCCUGGGAAACCUGCGUCCCCUGGGCGAGGACAGCGGUGACACCCGAAUUCCGGGUGCCCUGGGGCGGUGCCCCGAAACCUGUGUCCCCCCGGGCGAGGGCGGGGGUGACACCGGCUCUUGGAGCCGAUGGAGCCGAACGGACCCGCCCGGACAUCGGGCCCGGGGGGUGGGCGGGCUCUGUCCCCUCCCCGCGGGUACAGCCCGGGGGAGGGACGCGGUGCCACACGCGGGUCCUCCCGUGCCCGCGGCGGGGGUGGCACCGGGAGCGCCCCGGCCCCGCGUCCCACGGGCUCGGCGGCCACAGAGCCCCCCCGGUUUGUGCCAUGAUGGACACGGGGGACAGGGGACGACGCGGCGCCCCCCGGCUGGCACAGGCCCAGCACCGCCGGGAGCUGGAGGAGGAGCUGCGGGACCUCAGCAGCCAGGUGGCGGCACUGGGGCGGAGCCUGGCGGCAGAACGUGGGCGGAGCCUGAUGGAGGGCGGGGCCCUGAGGGCGUUGGAGAUCGCGGUGGGCGGAGCCCAGGCACGGGUGGGCGGAGCCUGUCGGGCACUGGACAGGGCCAAUGAGCGCCUGCGCCUGCAGCAGGAGGCGGGGCAGCUGCUGUGGGCGGAGCUGGAGGCUGCUCGUGCUGCCAAGGCGGGGGCAGAGCUCCGGGCACAGGAGGCGGAGUCUCAGUGCCUGGCCCGAGGGGUGGAGCUGGAGCAGCUGCGGCAGGCGGUGCGGGCGGCCCAGCAUUCCCGGCGCCGGGCGGAGCAGGAGCGCGACCACGUGGCUGCAAAGGUGGGCCACGCCCCCCGCCCCAGCCCCCAUGCUGGGGACCCCGGGGGGCUGCAGGCGGCGCUGGAGGAGCUGCGGGAGCACAACCGGGGCCUGCGGGAGCACCUGAACCAGCGGCUGGGCCAGGUGGAGGAGCUGCGGCGGGCGCUGGUGGCCGCGGGCAUGCGGGCACGGGAGGCGCAGGGGGCGUGGGCCCGGCUGGCACAGGAGCAGCGGCUGCUGCGGGAGCGGCUGCAGCACCCCCGGGACCCCCCCGCGCCCCCCGAGCCCGCCCUGCGCGCCCGCUGCGCCCACCUGCAGGAGCUGCUGCAGCGUGAGGCGGGGGCGCGGGUGGCCCUGUCCCGGGCCGCGCGUGUCACCAGCCGGCGCCUGCGGGUGUUGGUGGCCGAGGCGGAGGAGCAGCGGCUGCUGGGGGAGCGCUACCGGCUGCAGGCCCGUGCCAGCGAGGCCGCAGGCCGGCUCCUGGCUGACCAGGUGGCCGCGGUGGCCGCGGGGACGGCCCAAGCGCUGGCCCAGGGCCACCACCUGCGCCGGGAGCUCGAGGACGUCGGGGAUGGGGCCGCGGCCACCGCCCGACACGUGGCCGUGCUCAGGACACGCCUCAGGUGUGACCCCAUGAACCUGUCCCGCACGGUCCGGCGGAUGCUGCGGGAUGGGGACGACGACUCCGAGGACAGUGGGGACAGCGAGGACAGCGGGACGCCCCCUGCCACCCCCCUCAAACCUGCCCCCGGCGCCUGGGGGGGGCUCGGCCCAGCCCCCAGCACUGGGGGAACCCCUUGAAUCCCCCGGGACCCCAAAGCCCGCCCAGGGCCCCCCCUCUCGUGGGGGGUUUUUGGAGGGGCUGUUUUUUGUUGGGGGGAGGGUCCCCAACUCAUUAAAGUGCCUUCGAGAGGG